AUGUUCUUGCUCAUUUUUGGGAUUGGGAUAAGCUGGUACGACAUACAAUUAUAUGGGUCAGGGUUAUACCUGGCAUUAGUGUCCAUCGUCACCGUUGUCAUCGUGCUAGCCUUCUGUUUGGUUGGAACUGACGAGCAGACUCAACCGACUGUGGCCAAGCAAAUGUGGUCCAAAUCGCAACAGACCAUCAGACGCUACACCACGGUGAGAAGAAGCAGAGGUAAUCAAGUGAAUCUGGAGAUGGCCAAGCCGUCCGAAGAGAAGGAGGAGAGUGAGACACUGUGCAAUAAUAGGAUUGUUGUCAAAGUAAGUAUUUUCGUGAGACAAAGCUUUAUCGAAUUUUUGACAAGAUUGUUCUGUACUAUUACAAUGCAAAUGUCAACUUACGUAAUAAAAAUGUGAGACUAGAGUAACAUCACUAUGCUUCAGAUAUCUCACCCGCCUCCAAAGAAACAGCAGUCAGUCAGAUUCAAUGACAUAGAUGACCAAAUAAACAGUUCAGCCACCGUAACGGCCUCGACCAGUGAGCCUAGCGGAAUCAUGGAAGCAGCUGCCAAACUCAAAAUCGAUUCAGAAGCGGGAAAUUCAAACGAAUGCACUAACGAAGACUCCGGGAUCACAGGAAGUGAAAACAAUGUUGUAUACCUCUAA